AUGCCUCAAUCUCUGAAACCGGGCGUCUACGUCCCCACCCCAACCUUCUUCCACGACGAUGCCGACGAGACCAUCGAUCUGGCCGCGACAGCCCGUCAUGCUGUCCGUCUUGCCCAAGCCGGCGUGACAGGCCUAGCAGUGCAGGGCUCCAGUGGCGAGGCCGUCCACCUCUUGGACAAGGAGCGCGCCUCCAUCACCCACGUAACCCGCACCGCCCUCGACGAGGCCGGCUUUACCUCUAUGCCCAUCAUCGUCGGCACGGGAGCCCAGUCCACACGCCAGACCAUCGCAUUUUGCCAGCAGGCCGCCUUGGCACGCGGCGAUGCCGUUCUCGUCCUCCCUCCAGCGUACUACAGCCGCUCUCAUGAUCACCAGACUUUUGUCCGCUUCUUCAAAGACGUGGCGGCCGCCAGCCCUUUGCCUGUCCUGGUGUAUAACUACCCUGGCGCCACGGGUGGGCUCGAUCUGUCGAGUGACGAGUUGGUUGCGCUGGGCGGGCCGAAACACCCCAAUAUUGUCGGGGCCAAGUUCACGUGUGGAAACACGGGGAAGCUGGGUCGCGUAGCCGCCACACUCGGCGAUGAAAACUUUCUAUGCUUUGCUGGCUCAGGCGACUUUCUCGUGCCGGCGCUGUCGGUUGGUGCCGCUGGCGUGAUUGGUGGCAUCGCCAAUGUGGCUCCCAAGACCGUGGUGAAGGUGUACGAGGCGUUCAGGGACGGACGACUAAAAGAGGCACAGGAGAUACAGAAGAUACUUGGCCGAGGUGACUGGAACGCGAUACAGUGGGGCAUCCCUGGUAUCAAGGCUUGUCUGCAGGAGUACGAGGGCUAUGGGGGCUGGGGUCGGAAGCCGCUGGUUCGGCUGGAGGGGGAGGCUAAGAAGCUUGCACUGGCGGGCUUCAAGGAGCUGAUGGACUUCGAAAAGUCUCUGUAA